GAACAAUUAAGAAUUGAAGAAGAUGCCAAAUCUAUCGGGAGGCAUAAUUGGAUUCCAAAAAAUGUCAUUUGGAGUUUUCAUAUUGCAUUGAAGGAGUAUUCUGGUACUGUACUACAAAAGACCCUUUUUUUUUUUUUAAUUAUUAUUUGAAAAUCUCACUUCUCUGGCAUAAGAACAGUGGGAAAAAGUCCACAAUUAAAAGAUUUUCCAAAAUAGAGGCAUGAAGGUAAUUUCGGACUCGAUUGUUGAAGUUAGCGGGACCCAGCCAUUACACGUAAUUGUCACGCACAGCCUGGCUGCCAUUAGAAUUCUUCAAAUUCCGCCCACCGUAUGCAGAAUGGGAGGUAUCUCUACUGCUGCCACGUCUGCAACAUGAAGGACACGCGUGACACGUGUCACAUAAAUAGACGUCGGCGAACCUACGGUGUCCUCGAUGAAGACAUGUAUGGAAUAAUGGACGAUACAUCUACCUUACCCUUUCCCCUUCCCCAAUUCUAAAGGAAGUACUAAAGUUUUAUUUUAUUUAUUUUUUUUUUUUUCCCCUAAUUUUCUUUCCCUGUUAGCAGAACAGCUCAUAGUGGUAAAGAAGGAAUAAGAAAAGAAGAUGAUGAGCGAUGAGCACAUUUGGAUUCUAGGAUUCACCAUUCUUAACCUUCCACUAUUAUAAUUUCAUAUAGGAUACCCCAAUACCCGACAUUCCCAAGAAGCAAAUUAAAUUAGAAGCUCAUUCAUCGACCAUCAUCCAUCCCCGUAUACAUAUAGACUUGGGAAUUGGGAUUGCAGCUACCACGCUUUCCAAGGGAUUCUCCUUCAAUUCCCUUAAACCAGGCACCGGCUUAGGGAGAGAGAAAGAGAGGGAGAUGGGGAUCUCAGAUACAGUUCUUGCGAAUCUGACGAGUCUUUAUUUGGUGGCGAUUGUGGGAAUCAAAGCUUAUGGUGUGAUAUCGGGAAGGGAUUUCACCGGAGGAUUUGUGCUGGUGUCGUCGACGAUCGUGAUGGGAGCUGUUCUCGCCGGGACACUGACGUGGGAUGUAUCAAGGAAAGCCACGCAUGCCUUGUGUCGGGAUCCGACGGCGGAGAGGUGUCGAGGGGGAAUCUGCUGGCACGGUGUUGCUGUUAGAUCGCCUAUGUCUCAGGUUCAAAUCUCAGGAGAACCUCUCGGCUUUUUGCUGUGGAUAACUGCUGCUGCCUUCUUCCUGUGCUUGCCUUCCACCUAAGCCCUACGACAAUGCCCUUUUUUUUUUUUUUUUUUUCUUUUUAAAUGUAAUUAUUUGUAUUGAGAAUUGUUGUGCAUAGAAAAUAUAUAUAUAUAGAAGAGUGCAACUCUAGUUUUGUAUCAAUCAUAGCGAGCCUGAAUAUCUAAUAAAAUAUUAUAUAUUUUGGAUUUGUCACGUGACAAUUUUUAA